AGAAACGCUGCCGACCAUAUUAAGAUAUGCACACAUAUGACAUCAACCGCUCGGUCAGUUGUCUCUUCUUCCGAUGGUUGGCUUGUUGCUUGCUUCGUCUGUACGCAGCGGAAUUCUUGCGCCAAGACUCACGAGGCAUCCCCGCAAAGACGUCGGGAUUCUCGAGAAAUAGCGUGCCCAUUGGCCAGUGAAUUGCUAGUGAACAAGUCGGCAGGCGGUCAGAGGCACGGGAAGCCAUGGCCGUGGAUUGCUUCCACCGCGCGUACGCGCUGGCCAUCGUCAACGCCGUCUGCAUCGGCGGCACGGCCAUGAUCCUCUACGCGCUCGUCAACCUGGCGCGGAAGCCCGACCACAGCAGGGGCUCCAUCAUCGUGCUCACGGUCUUCCUCCUCUUCUGGGUCGGCGUCGGUGCCAGCGUGUACACGGCCUUCUGCGGGGUCCUCUUCCCGUGGUCCGCGCUACGCCGGUGCCUGGCCUCUGCUCACGGAGCGCUCCUGCAUCACCUGCGCGGCGCGAGCCGGCUUCUCUGCCUGCCUUGCCGGUCCAGGCUACGGGGCCGGAGCGGCAGCAGCAGCGCCGUUGUCGGCGGCGCCCUGCCGCAGUUUCUGGACCAAAUACAGCGGAGUCACAUGCCCGCGCUUGCCCGGGAGCCGCCAGCGCAUGGCGGCGCGCGGUUGGCGACUGCGUAUGACGUCCUGGCGUACGAGCAGCCAGAGGGCGGCGGCGGCGCGUCGGAGUGUGCGGUCUGCCUCGUGGAGGUGGAGAAGGGGGAUACGGUGAAGCGGCUGCCGGCGUGCCUGCACAUGUUCCACCAGCAGUGCAUCGACCCGUGGCUACACGAGCACUCCACGUGCCCGGUCUGCCGGUGCGUCGUCUUCGCGCCGUUGCCGGACCAAAUGGUAUGAGCGACACCGGCGAUAAAAGACAGCUGAGCGCACAACUCAAACCCUUGUCCAGGUCUCCCGGGACGGGCGAUGGCGGCGCAUCUUGCGUCGUGGCCUUUUCUGAAGGCAUCAUCUUGAAGUCGUCUUCGGUUGCGGCUUCCGCCAAUUCCUGCCGUGGGGAUGCCGAGACGGCGAAUCUGGAUCAGAUUGGUGCGACCUCUUGUUCGGCUCCAAGCGGAGAUGCUUUGCUAUUGGGUUUUGGUAGUGUGUGUUUUCCUGCUUGCUCAAGGGAUUCUCGUGCCCCACCCUAUGUUAUGGACAUA